AAAUUCACAUCAGAUAAAGCGAGUAAACCAUUCCUAUUUACCAAAUUUGAUGGUCGUAUAUUCUGGUAUACAAAAUAGUUUGCCGAAAAUAUUUAUAUUGUAUUUUUUAUUUACUUAAAGAUAUGUUUGUUUUUACAUUCUUUUGUUAUUGUUAUGUUCAUGCUUUCCUUUUUCAUUUACUUUAUAAAAAAAAAAAGUGUCACGACCAAAACAUGAACUCAAGCCCUAUACUAAACAUUCAGCAUAUUAACGCUUUAAGAAUUUAGAAUUUGCUCUUAAGAUGUAAACUCAGCUAUUGAUAGAUGAAUUUAAAAUCAAAAUUUACAUUAAAAAUUUGUCAGUAAUAUGCAUGUAGUUGAUUGUAUUUCAGAGUUCACGGAGGCGACUUGCAGUGACAAAUUUAAAGUGUAUCCCCAUCAUACCGCAUGCCUGUCUCGGGCUCCGAAUUCUAAACCAGGAAGUGUGACACCGCAGGAGGUGGUAGACGCCCACAAUAAAUACCGAGGAAUAGCCGUCUCCAAAAACGGUGCUCUUAACAUGAUGAAGAUGAUCUGGGACCCGGAAGUUGCUAUGGUUGCGCAGAGGUGGGCGGAAAACUGUAAAACGGAACAUGACGGAAACAGAGAGCGGUUUAUUCCUGGUCGAUUUACGCUAGGACAGAACCUUGCAUACAACCACGCUGGGUCAAUGACGUGGGAGGCUGUCGUCAAGCUGUGGAAUGACGAAGAGAAAGACUUCACGUAUGGAACAAGCAAUAACAAGUAUAUGAAAGUCGGCCACUAUACUCAGCUGGUCUGGUCGGAAUCUUACGUUCUUGGAUGUGGCUACAGCGAUUGCAACGGAACCCAUCUCUACGUCUGCAACUACGGUCCUGCAGGAAACAGCCCAUCCAGUAGAUUAGGAACACCUUACGAGAAACACGGACCUCCAUGUAAAAGCAGCGAUGGCAACGGGCUAUGUGAGUGUGGGGUCGAGGCAUGUGAAGGAAAUAUAAAGAAAAACCACACAACAUGCGCAUGUGCAUGUCCUGGUUCUACUAUUUACACAGGAACUAAAUGUGAAUUGACUUGUAGAGGAGCGCAGGACCCAUCGUAUUGUUCGAUUUCUUACACAAAGGAUCAAUGCGUCAGGCUCAGUAAUGUGGCCUUCGAUUGUCCAUUCCUCUGUAACGUUUGUCCGUAUGCUGAGAAAGGUUACAUAGAAGGCAGUAAAAUACCACAAUGUGUAAAGAGUGGAGGAUGCUCAAGCAAUUCCAAUGGAUCUAGUGGUAACGGAUCUAACGGGAGCGGAACUGGUAAAAGCGGGAGUGGAUCCGAUCAAAAUAACGGAACAGGCAUUGAAGCAAGCAUGUCACAUGUACUGUUGGUUGUAAUUUUCUCCAUUAUAUAUAUAUCUAGAUGAUUUGAUAAACACUAUCUAAAAGCCAACUCCGAGAGGAGUAGCAAUUAUGAGAUAUGUCCAUUUCAAAAAUUAUAAUUUGUGCUCGUAUUUCAAAAGACUUCUAAUGAAUUAUUCAUGGAUUUAAAAAUAAAAAUCUAGAAUGGUUUA